ACCCGAGCAAGAAGAAACACCCCGAGUCAGAGUCCAUAACCGUGCUGAGGGAGGGAGAGAGCACAACAACGCAUUAUCACCGAAUUACCACUGAGACACACACACAGACCGUCUCUUCACGGUCCAUGAUGGGGAGGUUGUGUGACAUAGCUCUUGUGUCCCUCCUGAUUGUGUUUCUGUUGAACACUGAAUCAGCAUGGGCGAAGAGAGGCGGCAGCAGCAGCGGCAAGAAAACCUCUUCUUCUUCAUCUUGGAACAACAGGGGUGGGACACAGUCAAAACCAUCUCAGCCGGGAAGCUACCCCCGACAGCCACAGAGUCCCAAUCGAAACCCCAAUCCAUACCCUGCUGGGGGAAGUUACCCUGGAGCAGGCAACACUAAUCCAGGAGGAGUCCCCAGACAAAACCCACCAAAUUAUCCAGGAGUUGGUAGUAACCCCAACCAGUAUCCCGGUAGAGCCAAUCCCGGAGGUUAUCCAAACCAGAACCCUGCAGGUGGAUAUCCUGCUGGGGGGUAUCCGAACCAAAACCCAGGGAGAGGGAAUUAUCCAAAUCAAAAUCCACCUGCAGGAGGCUACCCAGCGGGAGGUAGCUAUCCAGGCAGACCUGGCAACCCAGGAGGAUAUCCUAACCAGAACCCUGCAGGAGGCUACCCUGCAGGAGGCUACCCAGGUGCAGGAGGGUAUCCUAAUAGGGGAGGUGUCAAUCCAGGUGGGUACCCGGCAGGUGGUUACCCAGCAGGUGGUUACCCAGCAGGUGGUUACCCAGUCAGAGGGGGGAAUACAGGACAGGGUUGGGGUCAGCCGGGCUGGGGUCAAGCUGGUGGGUAUCCGGGGGGUUACCCUGGUGGAGGGGUUGGUGGCUACACCAACUGGAACCCGAAUAAUAAGAUCCUCAGUCCCCGCUAUGGUGGAGGAUAUGGAUAUGGCGGUGGUCAUGGGAUGGGAGGGUCUCCUUUCUCUCGUUCUGUGCAGAACAUGGGUUACGUGCCCAAGUCUUCAGGUUUUGCCAAAAAAGCCAUGCUGGCAGCAGGCGUGGGUGCUGUGGCUGGAAUGGCCGUGGGAUAUGGAUUAGGGCGCUUCCCUCGACCACACUUCAGUUUCCGCAAUCCCGAAGAAGAGUACUACUACAACAACUACAUGUAUAGGCGUUAUGGCACCCAGUCCACCGAUGAAAAGGACUAUGGGCGUGAUUAUGUCUACAAGCCUCCACCUCGGGCAGAGUCUUACAACAAGUUCAUGGAUAACUGUAUGAAUAGGACUGACACUCUGAAAGACCAGAGGAGUGGCUCGACCACGCCUAAAAGUCAGGGUGGAGCUGAUGACGAUGAUGACACCGUCAGCAUUGAGGAGAUUGGAUACCCGGCCCUAAUCGUGCAAGUCAAGGCCCGGCGCUGCGUCGAGCAAUAUAUGGUCUACUCGGAGCGCUUUCUGCAGGAACGAAAGGCGGAGCAACAAGUCAUGCCAAGUGGCAGCAGCCCUAUAAACUACGGGGCGGCUCAACUUUUCACCUCCCUCCUCAUGCUACUUUCCAGCAUGCUACUCCUCCAGUGAGAACACUUUGUCCUCCUUUUACUAUACCCUAAAUGGAUUUCUACUUCCUCCAUUAUAUCUGCACGACCAUACAAGGCUAAUGUAUAUUAUCUCCAUAGCGGGCUUUCUGGGUCAUAUAAAGUCAGUCCUCUAUUAUCGUCUCAG